AAUAUAUACCCUCUUGGCUGCAUGGAUUCCCCCCAUACCCUUAUCUGCUGAACUGCUACCAUAGCUCUGCGUGUGCGUCUCUUACAGAAAUGAAUUUCCUGACCACCACUUUGAUUCUGGGACUCGUUGCGGGGCUAUGGGCUCAGAUCAACGUGAUACGGCCAAAGUGUGACUCCGUCGAAGCAGAGGAGGCUGCUCUGGUGGCUCAAGAUUACCUCAAUGCCCAGCACACUCAUGGCUACAAGUAUGUACUGAAUAGGAUUGAAGAUAUCAAGAUACAUACUAAGCCUGAUGGAGACAUCUAUGUGAUGGAAGUUGACCUGCUGGAGACAGACUGUCAUGUGUUGGAUCCCACACCUCUUGCCAACUGCACAGUCAGACCAAAAAUAUUAACGGCAAUAGAAGGAGACUGUGAUGUGGUGCUGAAGAAGGUUGGGGGAGUUCUGACGGUCAUAGCUUUUAAGUGCAAAACUGAUGAAUCAACAGAGGACUUGUGUUUGGGUUGUGCUACCCUCCUUCCCCUAAAUCACACCGCAGCCCUGGAAUUUGUCCAAGCCUCUUUGGCAACCUUCAACAACAUGACUGUGAACGUAACAUACGCUGUAAAGGAAGUUGGUAGGAUGUCAUCACAGGUUGUGUCUCGUGGAGCAAUCUAUUUUGCAGAAUAUGUUGUAGCUGAGGCUAAUUGCACUAAGGAUGUGUGCACGCCCCUGCAUGAUUCCGUAGCUGUGCGUGGCUUUUGCACUGCGAGAGGUUUGAGCACUGAUCACACAGUGGAUUGCAAGAUGUUUCCAACUCUGAUGCCUGUUGAUGCCAAGACUGUAGUAGAUUCCAACACUACUGCAGCAGAUUCCAACAGCACUGCAGCCAUGCCAUCAGUGGUCCACAUACACCUAAGCAGCCAGUCACCCAAACAUGGUCUGAAACACCACCAACUAACAGCUCUACAUAACCCUCAACAAAGUGAUUUUCUGUCUGCAGAAUCAGCCGAGUCAGUUGAAAGGGUAACCCUAGCCUCUACAGUUGCUGCUGCUCAUCCUUCUCUAGAUAGUAUCGCUGGAUCAUCCUCUGAUUCCUCAGCCAGUGCAGAGGUCCCUGUUUUGAUGUUCAAAAGAGAUUUACCUGCUGCAACCAUCUCCUCAGUGAUUGACACCACUGCGACUCACACAGAUCCCAUUGUUCCUGUGCCAGUGUGCCCAGGAAGGGUCAGAUUCUUUUGAGUCUUUAGUUCAAAGAGAUACUAUACCCACUUGCUUUAGCUACACCAGUAGAGUAAUUGGGAAAUUGUGAUCCAACACCAAUUUGAUACUCUCGUGCAUAGCAAACCGAAUUGCAAUGUAUAUUAAAGAUGUUUUGAUUCCAA